AUGCGGGGCAGCGGCGGCGGCGCGAGCGAGGCGGGCGCGGAGCCCCGGGCGGCGGCGGCGGGGAGGGUCGUGCGCGGAGCGGCAGGAGGACGAGGCGGCGGCGCCGGAGGAGGAGGCGGUGGCCCGGCGGGCGGCUCGGUGUGGAAUGCAAUUAUGGCUGGCACGGCGGAGACGAGCGGGGACCGGAGCCGGCUGACCGGACUGGCUGCGCCCAUGAUGCCCUAAAUGCUGAGUGCAGCGGAAGCAGAGGAGACUGUGUCCUGUUAGCUACUCCUCCUUCCCUCAUCCCUUUAGUUUGGGUUUGUUUCUAUUUAUUUUGUUGUCUGGGUUUGGGCAUGGCCUUGGCUGGAUGUGAGGCUGCUGCAAUGUGGCUCUUUUGGCUCAAGCACCACUUGUCCAUCAACGUUUGGACCUUGUUGCUCUUGGGGAGCACCUGGCUACCGCGGGCGGAAGGCAGCCCCAAGUCUCCCUUUAGGACUUUCCCAGUGACAGACUGGAGCUUGACACACUUGGUGGUCCACAACAAAACUGGGGAGGUCUACGUGGGGGCUGUCAAUCGGAUCUACAAGCUCUCCAAUAACCUCACACUCCUGCGGACCCACGUGACAGGGCCCGUGGAGGACAAUGAGAAGUGUUACCCUCCUCCCAGCGUUCAGUCCUGCCCCCACGGGCUGGUCACCACCAACAACGUCAACAAACUGCUGCUGGUGGACUACUCGGGGAACCGGCUGAUCGCCUGUGGCAGUGCCUCCCAGGGUAUUUGCCAGUUCCUGCGGCUGGAUGACCUCUUUAAGUUGGGUGAGCCCCACCACCGUAAGGAGCACUACCUCUCCAGUGUCAACGAGUCAGGCACCAUGUCUGGGGUGAUCAUCGAGGUGCUGAACGGGCAGAACAAGCUCUUCAUUGGGACACCCAUCGAUGGGAAGUCAGAGUACUUCCCCACCCUCUCCAGCCGCAAGCUGAUGGCCAACGAGGAGAACGCAGAGAUGUUUGGCUUUGUCUACCAGGACGAGUUUGUCUCCUCCCAGCUCAAGAUCCCCUCGGAUACGCUUUCCAAGUUCCCCACCUUCGAUAUCUACUACAUCUACAGCUUCAGCAGUGAGCAGUUUGUUUACUACCUGACCCUCCAGCUGGACACCCAGCUCACCUCGCCCGACUCCACCGGGGAGCAGUUUUUCACCUCCAAGAUCGUCCGCCUUUGUGUGGACGACCCCAAGUUCUACUCCUACGUGGAGUUCCCCAUCGGCUGUGUGCAGGACGGCAUCGAGUACCGCCUGAUCCAGGACGCCUACCUGACCAAGCCUGGCAAGGCUUUGGCCAAGUACCUGGGCAUCUCGGAGCGGGAGGAUAUCCUCUUCACCAUUUUCUCCCAGGGCCAGAAAAACAGGGUUAAGCCUCCCAAGGAGUCUGUGCUCUGUCUCUUCACGUUGAAGAAGAUCAAGGAUAAGAUCAAGGAGCGUAUCCAGUCGUGCUACCGAGGGGAAGGGAAGCUCUCUCUGCCCUGGCUCUUAAAUAAGGAGCUGGGCUGCAUCAACUCGCCGCUGCAGAUCGAUGACAACUUCUGUGGUCAGGAUUUUAACCAGCCGCUGGGUGGGACUGUCACCAUCGAGGGGACCCCGCUGUUUGUGGAUAAGGAGGAUGGGAUGACCUCGGUGGCCGCCUACGACUACAGAGGACAAACCGUCGUCUUUGCGGGCACACGGAGCGGGAAGAUCAAAAAGAUCCUGGUGGACUUGCCAGCUGAGAGGAAGCACCAAGCACUGCAGUAUGAGAAUGUUGUGGCCCAUGAGGGCAGCUCCAUCCUGCGAGAUCUGGUGCUGAGUCCUGACCGCCAGCACAUCUAUGCCAUGACUGAGAAACAGGUGACACGGGUGCCGGUGGAGAGCUGCGAGCAGUAUGAGAGCUGUGAGCUGUGCCUGGGCUCCCGGGACCCACACUGCGGCUGGUGCGUCCUCCACAACAUAUGCUCACGCAAGGACCGAUGUGAGCGGGCGGACGAGCCCCAGCGCUUUGCCUCCGACCUGCGGCAGUGUGUCCAGCUCACAGUCCAGCCCAAGAACAUCUCGGUCACUAUGUCGGAGGUCCCGCUGGUCCUGCAGGCCUGGAACGUCCCAGACCUCUCAGCAGGAGUCAACUGCUCCUUCGAAGACUUCACUGAGUCCGAGAGCCGCAUUGAAGAUGGGAAGAUCUACUGCAGCUCUCCCUCUGCCAAGGAUGUCAUCCCCAUCACCAGGGGCCAAGGGGACAAGAGAGUGGUGAAGCUGUACCUGAAAUCUAAGGAGACGGGGAAGAAGUUUGCCUCUGUGGAUUUUGUUUUCUACAACUGCAGCGUCCAUCAGUCCUGCCUGUCCUGUGUGAAUGGCUCCUUCCCCUGCCACUGGUGCAAGUACCGCCACAUCUGCACCCACAAUGCUGCCGACUGCUCCUUCCUGGAAGGGCGCGUCAAGCUCUCUGAGGACUGCCCUCAGAUCCUGCCUUCCACCCAGAUCUACAUCCCCGUGGGUGUGGUGAAACCCAUCACCCUGACAGCCAAGAACCUGCCGCAGCCGCAGUCGGGGCAGCGCAACUACGAGUGCAUCUUCCACAUCCCCGGCGGCACCACGCGCGUCACGGCCCUGCGCUUCAACAGCACCAGCAUCCAGUGCCAGAACACCUCGUAUUUCUAUGAAGGGAAUGACAUCAGCGACCUGCCAGUCAACUUGUCUGUGGUCUGGAAUGGAAACUUCGUCAUUGACAACCCCCAGAACAUCCAAGCCCACCUGUACAAGUGCUCGGCGCUGCGGGAGAGCUGCGGGCUGUGCCUCAAGGCCGACCCACGCUUCGAGUGCGGGUGGUGCGUGUCGGAGCGGCGCUGCUCACUGCGGCAGCACUGCCUGGCCUACGAGAGCAGCUGGAUGCACGCCAGCAGCGGCAACAGCCGCUGCACCGACCCCAAGAUCACCAAGUUGUUCCCUGAGACUGGUCCCAGGCAAGGAGGGACUCGUCUGACCAUCACUGGCGAGAACCUGGGCCUGAAGUUUGAAGAUGUUCGCUGGGGCGUUCGAGUUGGCAAAGUGAUGUGCAUCCCCAUCGAGAGCGAGUACAUCAGCGCAGAGCAGAUCGUGUGUGAGAUUGGAGAUGCCAGCCCUAGCAAGGUCCACGAGGCGCGGGUCGAAGUGUGCAUCCGUGACUGCUCACCCAACUACCGGGCCACGUCCCCCAAGAGCUUCACCUUUGUGACACCCACGUUCUCCCGCGUGAUCCCAGCCCGGGGUCCCCUCUCUGGUGGCACCUGGAUUGCCAUCGAAGGCAGCCACCUCAACGCCGGCAGCAACGUCUCCGUGACCAUCGGGGGACGGCCCUGCGCUUUCUCAUGGAGAAGCGCCCGUGAGAUCCGGUGCAAGACACCCCCUGGGCACAGCCCCGGCGGCUCUCCCAUCCUCAUCAACAUCAACCGGGCAGAGCUGAGCAACCCCGAGGUCAAGUACAACUACACAGAGGACCCCACCAUCCAGAAGAUUGAGCCCGAGUGGAGCAUCAACAGUGGUGGGACACUGCUGACCGUGACUGGCACCAACCUAGCCACCAUCAAAGAGCCCAGAAUCCGGGCCAAGUACUCCAGCUCUGAAAGAGAGAACAACUGCACCAUCUACAACGACACCACCAUGGUGUGCUACGCGCCCUCCAUCGACAACCCGCUCCGGAGCCCUCCAGAGGUUGGUGACCGCCCAGAUGAGAUCGGCUUUGUCAUGGAUAACGUCCAGGCCCUGCUCAUCAUCAACACCACCAACUUCGUCUACUACCCAGACCCUGUCUUUGAGCCACUCAGCCCCACGGGAAUGCUGGAGCUGAAGCCCAGCUCUCCCCUCAUCCUCAAGGGCAGGAACCUGCUCCCGCCAGCUGCCGGUAACUCCCGCCUGAACUACACGGUGCUGAUUGGAGACACCCCCUGCACCCUGACUGUCUCUGAGACUCAGCUUCUCUGCGAGUCCCCCAACCUCACUGGCCAGCACAAAGUCACGAUCAAGGCUGGAGGGUUUGAGUUCUCCCCGGGGACACUGCAGAUCUACUCGGACAGCCUGCUCACCCUGCCUGCCAUCAUCGGGAUCGGCGGUGGCGGCGGGUUGCUCCUCCUCAUCAUCAUCAUCGUCCUCAUCGCCUACAAGCGCAAGUCCCGGGAUGCCGACCGCACCUUGAAACGCCUCCAGCUGCAGAUGGACAACCUGGAGUCCCGGGUGGCCCUGGAGUGCAAAGAGGCCUUUGCUGAGCUGCAGACUGACAUUAACGAGCUGACCAACGACCUGGAUGGGGCUGGCAUCCCCUUUCUGGAUUACCGCACCUACGCCAUGCGGGUUCUCUUCCCAGGGAUAGAAGACCACCCCGUGCUGAAGGAGAUGGAGGUCCAGGCAAAUGUGGAGAAGUCCUUGACUCUCUUUGGACAGCUCCUGAACAAGAAGCACUUCUUGUUGACUUUCAUCCGUACUCUGGAGGCUCAGCGGAGCUUCUCCAUGCGGGACCGUGGCAACGUGGCCUCGCUCAUCAUGACAGCGCUGCAGGGUGAGAUGGAGUAUGCCACGGGUGUGCUGAAGCAGCUUCUCUCCGACCUCAUCGAGAAGAACCUGGAGAGUAAGAACCACCCCAAGCUGCUCUUGAGGAGAACAGAGUCGGUGGCAGAGAAGAUGCUGACAAAUUGGUUCACGUUUCUGCUCUACAAGUUUCUGAAGGAGUGUGCUGGGGAACCACUCUUCAUGCUCUACUGUGCCAUCAAGCAGCAGAUGGAGAAGGGACCCAUUGAUGCCAUCACGGGAGAGGCUCGCUACUCCCUCAGUGAAGACAAGCUCAUCCGGCAGCAGAUCGACUACAAAAUGCUGACCCUCAACUGUGUGAACCCUGAGAAUGAGAACGCCCCGGAGAUCCCUGUCAAGGUGCUCAACUGUGACACCAUCACACAGGUGAAAGAGAAGCUGCUGGAUGCUGUCUACAAGGGGGUGCCCUAUUCCCAGCGCCCCAAAGCCGGAGACAUGGACUUGGAGUGGCGGCAGGGCAGGAUGGCCCGCAUCAUACUGCAGGACGAGGACGUCACCACGAAGAUUGACAAUGACUGGAAGAGGCUAAACACCCUGGCCCACUACCAGGUGACGGACGGCUCCUCGGUAGCGCUGGUGCCCAAGCAGAACUCGGCAUACAACAUCUCCAACUCCUCCACCUUCACCAAGUCCCUCAGCAGAUACGAGAGCAUGCUGCGGACAGCCAGCAGCCCUGACAGCCUGCGCUCACGGACACCCAUGAUCACCCCUGACCUGGAGAGUGGCACCAAACUCUGGCACCUGGUGAAAAACCACGACCACAUGGACCAGCGAGAGGGUGACCGAGGCAGCAAGAUGGUGUCUGAAAUCUACCUGACCCGUCUGUUAGCCACCAAGGGCACCCUGCAGAAAUUCGUGGAUGACCUCUUUGAGACCAUCUUCAGCACAGCACACCGUGGGAGCGCGCUGCCCCUCGCCAUCAAAUACAUGUUUGAUUUCCUGGAUGAACAAGCUGAUAAGCAUCAGAUCAAUGAUUACGAUGUCAGGCACACCUGGAAGAGUAACUGUCUACCUCUACGUUUUUGGGUGAAUGUGAUUAAGAACCCCCAGUUUGUGUUUGACAUUCACAAGAACAGUAUUACUGAUGCCUGCCUAUCCGUGGUGGCUCAGACAUUCAUGGACUCCUGCUCAACUUCUGAGCACAAGCUAGGAAAAGACUCUCCCUCCAACAAACUACUGUAUGCCAAGGACAUCCCCAACUACAAGAGCUGGGUAGAAAGAUAUUAUGCAGAUAUAGCUAAAAUGCCAGCGAUCAGUGACCAGGACAUGAGCGCGUACCUGGCGGAGCAGUCGCGGUUACACCUCAGUCAGUUCAACAGUAUGAGUGCACUGCACGAGAUCUACUCCUACAUCACCAAGUACAAGGAUGAGAUUUUAGCCGCGUUGGAGAAGGACGAGCAGGCCCGGAGGCAGCGGCUGAGGAGUAAGCUGGAGCAGGCGAUCGACACAAUGGCCUUAAGCAGCUGAGGAGGCCGCGGUGGCAGCGUCCUGGGCAGGGCACGGAGGAGGCGGCAGGAGGGAGGGCCGGCGGCGGCCCCCGCGGCACACGGACACUUUGGGGCUGGGGGCCGGCCGGGCCCGCGGCGGCUGCCGCGCCUCCGCACGCUUCCACAGGAACAAAACCCCAACUCCCCAUGGCGGCAGCAACAUCGAUAAACCCCCCUGUGACACACACGGAAACCCCCCCAGUCCCCCCGGGGUGCAGCAGGGACCUUGCAGAGAGGCGAUGCCGGGCGGAGGAGGAGGAGGAGGGGGUCGCCUGCCCCAUGGACCUGCGGGGCGUCCCUUGCCCGGGCAGAGCCCCAGGACCCACAAGGAAGGAGAGUCGGGACCACGGGGCUUUCUAGGACGGCGUUUGGAUGUUGUUGUUACUUUGGUGGAGGGGGGGGUGGGUGGGCUCCUAUUUUUACUGUACUUGACUUGCUGUCCCCUCCUUCCCCCCGGCUGUCUGCCCCAUCUCCUGCUCCUUCUCCUCUCUUUUUUUCUGUCUCUUCCCCCUUCUCUCUCUCUCUCUGGCCUUCUGCCACUGGUGUUAUCUGCUAUAUUUGCACAAUUUACACGAGACAAACAAGGUUUUUAAUUUAAAGAAAGAAAAUUCUAACAAAAAAUGGGAGGGAAAAAAAAAACCCAAAAAGGUUCUAAAUUUUUGCAACAAACUCAACAGAAACGAUUUUACAAAACUAGGUAAAGGACUGACGCUGAGGAGUUUUGGGGGUGGGGGCAGUAGAGGUGGGCAGGAAAGGGAGAAGAAAUCCUGGAGCUUUGAUAUUUCUACAAUACGUCCUGUGCCAUGUUUUAUUUGAAUGUUGUUUAGUGCAGAAAAAAAAAAAGCAAAAAAAAAAGGUGGGAGUUUUGUUAGCUGAAUAGAUACUCUUAUUUAAAUGCUGCUGGAGUGGUUCUGAAGGUCACGAUCAGAGAGGAGGGAAAUCCCAAGGUCGGCUUUUCUUUUCCUAGAGGGUCACUGAGGGAUGGUCGGUGUUUUGUGGAGCUCAACUUUGCUUUCCCAUUCUGGCAGCUGCAGGGAGGUCUGGGCAGUGCCGACUGUCCCGGGGUGCAGGGUGGCUGUGGGGCUUGGGGGCUGCCAGGAGAGUUCAUGGCAAGCCAGCCUGGGAUUUUUGGCAGAUUCCCUGGCACUGGAACAGCCUUAACACAGCCCCUUUACUUUAUUUUUUUUUCCCCCCAUCAUCUUUUUUGUGCUAAUGCAGGGGAAGGGACCAGAUCCCCAGGGAAAGAGGAGGCAACUCUUCUGCACCUCCUGACGGGGAUCACCCCAGCAGACCUCACUGGGUGGGCAGCCCUCGGAGGGACCGGGAUGUUUGGCCACCACGGGACCCACUCCUCCACCCAGGAAGCCCAAAUGUGUGCAGGACUUUCUGCCCAAGACUGACCUUUCUUUCUCUGUCUUUGCCUUCUUUCUCUCCCUUUCUCUCCUUGCCGUCACCCUGUCUCCCCUCCACUGCCUCUGCCCUGUGGAAACCCGAGGUCUCCCCGUCGGGGCCCCUUCCAAAUGUCAGAUCCUUGCGGGUUUGUGCUUUCCAGAGAUGAAAAGGUGCCGAAAGCUGCCUUGAAUGGCAGCAGGUGACCAAAAACUUCCAAAAAAUAAGAAAAAAACAAGGAAAACUUUCCUUUUUCUGUACCAAGAGCUCCUGUCACUGCCCAGGCCACGGCAGCCGGGGCCAAACUGCCAGGAGCGGGUGGCCGUCGAGACCCGAGUGGAAAGAAGCCCAGCUGAUUUCUGUCCAUUCCCUUAAAUUGCAAGUCAAGGUGGGGAGAGGGAGAAAUAAUGAAGUUUUUAAUUAAAAAAAAAUAAAAGUGUGUAUAUAUAUAUAUGUGGUUACAAUCUAAUUCUCGUGCCCCAGUGGGGUGCUGUAUAGUUAACUGAAGGAGAGUCGAACCAGUAUAAAUACGAAUUGAAUUUACACAGCCAGUUAAAACAAAACAAACAGCUACAAAAAAAAAGAAGAUGAUUAAAAAAAGGGAAACAAAAAAAAGAUACCAAAUGGUCUGGAAGAUAUUUCCAAGCCUUUCUCACCAUGCAGAACAAUUGUUUGAAGCCUGCACAUCUCUUGUUACGUUGUAAUUUUGUUUGGUUUUGUUUUGUUUUAAUAAGGAGGGAAAGGAGAAGGUGCCAAUUAAAAAUAAAAACAAAAAGAGAGAGAAAAAAAACGGACAAAAAAAAAAAAACCCCAACCACAACAGCAAAAAGCCUAUAUUUGAAAAAGAAGUAAUAAUUGUUUCCCAAACCUAUGAACCCUGAGCUGUUGCUGGAUUUCUGAGAGCUGUGGGCUGUUGCAUGACUGUGCUAGAUUUUAGUCUGAGUUGAUCUUUUUAAGAAACAGAAGAAAAAACAAAAACAGGAAACAAACCCCCCCCCUGAAGUGUUGAAUGCUAGAGGUUUGUUUAGACCUGUUAUCCAUUUUUUUAAAUUUGAAAUUAAUUUGUCACUUUCUCGUCCAAAAGAAAGAAAAGAAAAGAAAAACCCAAGCAACUGAACUGAAAGCAAAAAGAAAGACUUCAGAGGUUCAUAUCUCUAAUGUGGUACUCGGAGAGCCUUAAAGGACAGCUGUGUGCCCACCCAGGCCACUGUCACCUCCUGCCAGCCUCUCCCAGGGUGCUCUGGUGGGACAAAAGCCUCCCAAUGGGGGUCCCUUGGAGGGUCCUUUGCAGACUUUGCUGCUGCUGUGAGGGGUGUCUAUGGCUGCCUUUGGUGCCAGGUUGGCCCAAAGCCCCUUCCCGAUGCUGCUGCAGGCCGGUCGGUGUUGCUCCUGCAGGCUGCUGGGAGGAAGGCAGCCCUGUGCCGGUGUCUCCACGGUCCAGGGGAAGGGGAGUGUUUGCUCUGCAGCCUCUGUCCUGCCUGUCGCAGGGAUAAGAGUCUUGGGGAGCUUUGGUUGGUGUUGAGGGAGCUGAAUGCGUCGUUUUUGUGGUGGUGGAGGGGGGAUGGUGGGACUCUCUUGCUGGUUGGAGAGAGUGGAGAUGUGUUUCAGAGAGCAUCCCCCUGAAAAUGGCCUUGUUGGUGAAGGCGGGCUGGAAGCACCGUUAAGAGCAGAGGGUUUAUUAGCCUGUUGCCUUCCUAGCAGUGAUGCCGUGGGUGCUCCCUUGGCCAAGCUGGAGGGACGGCCAAGUUUCUUGGCCAUGGUGGGCCUGGGGUGGAUUUGGGCAGUGGGGAGGUCUCUGGGGGUGUUGUGCCAGGCAGGUAUGGCAUGAUGAGUUCCUGUGUGACCUAAUCUAGGUGGUCCUGCUCUGUCAGGGGGGUUGGACUAGGUGAUCUUUCGAGGUCUCUUCCAACCCUUAAGACUCUGAUUCUGUGACUGUUCUUGCUAGGCUCCCCUCACUGAGAUCCCCACGUGCCAUGGCCCAGCUCUGCCCGCUCCAUGGUGAUGCUGAGAGCUUGUGAUGUUGUCUUGGGGAUGGGUUCCUGUUGGCUUCCUCCCGGGGAGCUUUGGGCUGUCUGUGGUUUGCUCCACCAAAGGACCCUGCAGCACCUCCCCACCCCUCCAAGAUCCCCUUGCUGGCUGUAAUGGGGAGGGUGGUGCUCAGCGGGAUGGGCAUUGCAGUGCUGCCUGCAGCCUCCAGGCCUUCUUGGUGCUACCUUUGCCUUUUUUUGUGAUGCCCAGUGUCCUUAAUUGUGCCAGGCAGCCUGUCCUUCCUUUCUUGCCCCAGCCUGGCAGGGGGCAGAGCUGGGCUGACAGUCACAGUCACAGUCUAACCCUGCCUAAGGGCAAAGAAAGGCAGGGAGAGGCUGGGAAGUGUUUGCAGGACUCCUCUGGCCGGUGGUGUUGCCUGUGCCCCAAAAUAGGGGGAAAUGAAGAAGCAUCCCCUGUCUGAGCCUGCAUUUUGGGGAGUUCCCACUCUGUCCCCUGCCAUCAGAAGCAGCUGUACCCCACGGGUCACUGCAGCAAGCAGGUCCCUCGCUGCUCCCCUCUGCUCUCAAUGCCUUUUCUCUUCAGUUUGGAGUUAAAGAAAGAGCACAGUCCAGCUUGGACGUAUCCCCUGUGCCUGGCCCAGUGUCCCCCUUGGGCAGGAGCCCUGUGCCACCCCCGGGGCUGGCCCCAGGAUCAGGGGGAUGGGUGGUGGGACCCUCACCCCGGGCUCAUCUGCUCCCCACCAAAGCGCACAACGAGCUGUCCUUUAAGAAAGCAGGGGAACCCUACCACAGCCCUGGUGAGAGGCAGAGAGUUGUAAUCGUUUUAAAGCAUUAAAUGGGGAAAAAAACCUAUCAAAUCCAGAGUCCUGAUGACCUUUCUGUGAUUGUUUCAGACUUGAAGCAACAGGCCAGCGCGGCUGGUCACACGCCCUUUGAUCGUGUAAAUAUCCUGCUAUUUCCUAUUUUAAUGUUCUUCAAAUUUAGUACUUGUACAUAAACACACGCAUCAAG